UUUUUUAAAGCUGAUGUCCACCUCUAGCAUUUGCACCCCAAACACCACACUCCGUUCCAUAUGCUCCUCCCCUUCUAUGAGACCGCCCCUUUCCUCUAGCAAGUUGGGCACGCGAAUGCCUGCUCGUGGCCGAACCCCCCGUGGUCUGGAGAAGAAUAAGGAGAAUAUUUCUCAUCUGAGCGGAGCUUUGCGCACGAUGGCCGCCAGCCCUCACAGAAACUACUCCAUCACGUCCGUGGCCUCCUCCUACUCGGAGUUUGCGAAGGAUUCUGAAUCCACUGCAACGUCCAGCGGGAGCUCUCAAAUGCUUCGAAAUCCAACAUCAAGACUGGAGUUUUGAACUCAACCAUCACACGCUGAGCACGGUGGAUCGAAAGCGGCUCGAAUGAACUGAUGGGCAUCAAUGAAGACAAAAAAAGCUUUUAUGGAGAUGUAAAUGAUUGUGAGUUUGUUGCAGAAUUGUAAAUAUUUUAGCUCUGCUUUUUUAUAGUUUUUUCCUCUCAACGUGUUUUUAUUUAACUUUACUAUUGAGUUUUGAACAAAUGAUUUUGUCUAAGUUUGACUUCACCUG